AUGUUCAUGUCUUGUCAUGGUCAUAAAACUCUAGCCUCCAUUGGUUUGGUUUUAUUGUUGAAAUUAAUUGAUGAUUUAAAGCCAUAUGUACUAUUGAAGAGAACAGAUUCUUCCGAAGCCAUUAAACAAUUACUUGAUGGCUUUACUAAUGAAAAUGCAAUGGAUAGUCAGGAACAUUGUCAAGAUAUUCAUGAUUUAAUCAUGGAAAUCUGUAGAAAGAAUUUGAAAGGAAGGUUGGGUGAAUAUCCAAUGACUACUCUUUUACCAAUUGAAAAGGUGAUGGAAGAUGAGUCGGAAGAGGGAAAAUCUGUAGAGAGAUUUAUUGCUCUAUAUUUCAAUGUUAACUUGUCAAGUUUAAAGCAAAUUGAAAAACAAGAGAAGGUCCUUGCUGUUGGUUUGAAAAUAAUAGUAUGCUAUGUCAUGGGAGAAAUUGUUGAACUUGCUUCAAAUUACACACGAGAUUGUUCUUGCUUUUCAGUUGGUCAACCUGCCAUUGAAAAUGCUAUCAAAUAUGAUUCUGAACUACUUGAAUCUCUUCCAAGUAGUAUUUGUUCAAUUUCUAAUGUACUUUCUGUGCUUGUUAAUAAUUUGUUCAAUCAACAUACUGAUUCUUCUCAAGUUUCAAUUAGAGAAGGUCCAUUUUUUUCAUCCAUCUCACCAGAUGUUCAUUCAAAUAUUUUGAAAUUUGUGGGAAAUGUUGAUGACCUUUUGAAAAUGAGAACAGUUUGCAAGUAUUGGAAUAGUUUAAUUGUUGAAAAUGAUGAUAUUUGGAAGUAUUGCUAUCAUUUGACUAAGAUUGAAGAUCCUUUAUUUUUAACAUUUGGAACCAGUAGAACUCUUUCAGAUAUUAGAAACUUUGAUUCGAAAGGAUGGAAAAACAAAUUCUUUUCGGAUAUAUAUCCAUAUAUUAGUAGCAGAGAUUCACUAGUUGAAAGCAAAAUGAGAACGGAUUCAUGUGACAAUAGUUUCAGGGAGAUUUUAAAACAGUCCGUUUCAUUAUCUGUUAACUUUUAUCGGGAAAUUUUCAUAUUCAAUUCCUCAAUCCCCACCGAUGGGCGUAGAACCAAGAUUGGAGGAAAUCCCAACAUGAUUGACAAAUCCAAACUUUGGAAAAAGAGAUAUGCUUUUAUUGGACAAAUUGAUUUUUCUGAAAUAAGCUCAUUCAUUGAUUGCCAAUUACCAAAAUCUGGAUAUUUAUACUUUUUUGCCAAGAUUGAUAGUUUUCAAAUCAAUGCUUCCGUACCAAAUAUUGAUUCUUAUGAUGGUUAUGUUAUUUAUCAAGAUUACCAAGAUAAUUCAACCGUUCCAUUGGUUACUGGAAUUGAAAUAGACGAAUUAACCAUUACUAAAUUUGCAAAUUCAUCUUUGAAAUUAGGUCUCUCAUUAGAUACAAGAGUAUUUGCUGAUUCCAAAAAAGAAUUUGAAGAUUAUGAAUAUUUCAAUCAUACUUCCAAUUGUCCAUCAUAUAUUGGUACCAUUUGUGGACAAUACACAGCAACCUUUAGAAAUGAUUUACAGACUGACAAGGAUGAUAUUAUUCUUUUGUCAACCAAUGCUAAUUAUCCAGGUAUGCCAUUCGAUGCACAAUUUGUUUAUACCAUCAAUAGAGAAAGCUUACUCAAAGCAGAUUUCAGUGCUGCAAAACUUUUCAUUACCGUACCAAAGACCAGAAGGUUUUAG